GCAAAGAGGAAGUAGAUGCUAGCUCCAUAAUAGAGGGUAUAUGCUAGAAGGGAUACAGUUUUUGUCGAAUUAACGUCAAAAGUUGGUUAUUUUUUUCAUUUGAUCUAACCCUAACCUAAUCAUCCCAACCUGCUGCGUAAAUUCUAACCUACGAAAAGUCAAAUCUGACAAAAACUGGAUCCCAUCUAGUUCUAACCCUUAUAAUACCUACGUUGGUGAAAUUGAAAGAGACAUUUAACGACUUCGACACUAGCUAAGUAAAUUGAUAUAUUUGGUCAAAUGCACCAUAGCUAGCUAGUUGCCGUGUGCAAUUUUCAGACAAAUGUGCCGGCCCUGUAGAUGCUAAAGCUAGGUUCAGGGAGGCACUGCAUAGCCAGCUGUGACUGUAACGUUAGUGAUAUAACUAGCUAAUGCAAUUUUAAAUGAUCAAUGCACUUUCAUUUGCUCGCAGUAGCAUUGCUUUCCCUCGCAGAUUAACAAAACAGAUUGCCUAUCCGUCCCACCUGGUUGACUACAGCUCACCUGCCAAAGUAAUGUCAACUGUAUCUGUGGAGCCAGUGUGCUCUAUUGACAAAUCGAAGCCUGCAGAAGGCAUCUGGCGCCUACGUCAUGUGAAGGGGGACCUGUUCUCCGGUCCUGAAGAUGAGGCCCUGGCCCACUGUAUCAGCAAAGACUGCCACAUGGGGGCUGGCAUCGCAGUUAUGUUCAAGAAGAAGUUUGGUGGAGUGGCUGAGCUAAAGGAACAGAAGAAGGUGCCAGGACAAUGCGCUGUACUGAAAGGACACAAGCGUUUUGUGUACUACCUGAUAACAAAGGAAAAGUACAGCAACAAGCCCACCUAUGACAGCCUGAGGCAGAGCCUUGAGGACAUGAGGUCUCAUUGCUUGAAAAACGGAGUAACUGCAAUAUCAAUGCCUCGCAUUGGCUGUGGCCUUGAUCGACUGAGCUGGGACAAAGUGGAAAAGAUACUUGAGAAGGUAUUCCAGCCCACAAGUAUCAGUAUCACUGUGUACACCCUCCCUGUAAAACCCACAGGGAAACCAAGUCCACGGGGAAACCAAGUUUCCAAUAGUGUUUUCUGUAAAACAAAAUUAAGUUAAACUCACAGACAAUAUAUCAGCAUACUGGUAUGCACCUGUACAACGUUUGCCCAAGGCUGUACUUUUGAAAGAGAAUAAACACACUUUUCCUUGAAAUCAUACCCCCUCUUCAUCUCUUCUUUACCCCUGUUUUAAUUGUUCUAUGAAAUUACAUGUUCAUAUUUUGCACUUUAAUUACUGUCCUAUAUAAUAGCAAUAUCAUAUUCAUAGGAAUUCUCUCCACCAGAAGGGGGCACCAAUGAUUGUUUUCUCCACAUCACUUCAGUGGCUUGUUCUGUACUGCUUUUUGUCAUAUUCUGAUUUUAAAUACCCUGUAAGUACCUUGCAUGAAUAAUAAAAAGUAAAUUGUGAUUUUAAUUUCACAAUAUAAUAAAAUCUGUUUUACACCUUU